ACUGUCUUCCUCUUCCUGCCACACGGUGCGACAAUACAAGAACUAUGUCACUGCGUGUUUUAGGCUUAAAUUUAAUAAAAACUAACAGAAAUUUGCUCCAAACAGCUGUCAAAAACAAUGGAGCACCCAAUGCACACGCGGUUGCGAUGGCGCCAUACGCCACACAGGUAACUGUACAGGCUACGCCGGCGGCGGUUCAGAAGCAAAAGGUGAGCAAGGCCAUGAAGGCCUACCUGGAGCGGGCUAAUGAGCACGACGAGUUUAUGAAAACACAGCAUUUGGAGUUCCAAAUUGGCAAGCGCCAUUUGGCCAACAUGAUGGGCGCCGACGCAGAGACCUUUACGCAACAGGACAUUGAUGAAGCCAUUAACUAUCUGUUUCCUUCCGGGCUGUUUGACAAACGCGCUCGUCCCUCCAUGAGAUCGCCCGAGGAGGUGUUCCCAGCGCGAAAAGCAGCCGAGUUCGAUGAGACGGGUCGCCCCUUUCACAGCAUGUUUUACACUGGCAAACCCAACUAUUUCCAGCUGCUGCACGAUAUUGUGACGGAAACAAAUAAGCUAAACGAUCUGGAAGAGCGCAUGCUGCGGCGCGGAAACAAGCCGGAUGAGAACCAAAAACUCGAAAUGGCUGGCUUCCAGCUGUUGCCGAAAGAGCAACUGGAGCGCGUGCUCGUGGAGCACAUUGCGGACAUAGAGUACCAAAAUUUCACCAGCGCCAUGGAGCGUUUAAUCAUAUCGCCGUAUGCCUACAAAAGCAAAGCAUUUAUUGAGCGCUUUCUGAAGCCCUUGAUUGAUCAAUCCAAGCAACUGGAGGUGCCCAAGCCCAAGAUUGAUGAGCAGGGCCGACAAUACGUAACGACCUACGAGUGUCUGCGCAAAACGGCACGCGCCGAUGUCACAGUGCGUCUGCCCGGCACAGGAAAGAUAACCAUUAAUGGCCAGGAUAUCUCAUAUUUCAGCUUGGAAGAGUGCAGAGAACAGCUGCUCUUUCCUCUGAGCUAUAGCAAAAUGCUGGGCAAAGUUGAUGUGGAGGCCAAUGUGGAGGGCGGUGGUCCAUCCGGUCAGGCGGGCGCCAUACGCUGGGGCAUUGCGAUGAGUUUGCGCAGCUUUGUUGAUCAAGAGAUGAUUGAGACAAUGCGUCUGGCCGGCUUGCUGACACGUGACUAUCGCAGGCGAGAGCGCAAGAAGUUCGGACAGGAAGGCGCACGUCGCAAAUACACGUGGAAGAAGCGCUGAACGGCCAACUACAAAGCGGCGUUGCAUUUCUUUACAAAUGUUCAAUAAAAACUAUGUUAAAUUA